AAUAAAGUGUGUUUCUCUUACACUUACAUCUCGGGUCUCAACGCAAGAUCACUUGCUGCAAGUUUUUUACUCGCUGCAUCCAGUAAAGGCUUGUGAUGCGCCCUCUACCGCACAUACCCAGUCGGGGGUACGUGCAAGCAGCGCGGUUCUUCGCUACCAGCGUAUCUCCUACCCGAAUUCCCCAGACUAUCAUUGAAAAAGUUGUUCAAAAGUACUCAGUCAGUCUCCCCGAUGGUAAAGUUGUCAAAGCGGGUGACUAUGUCAUGAUUCGCCCGGAGCAUGUCAUGACUCACGACAACACUGGCCCUGUCAUAUCCAAAUUUAAGUCCAUAGGUGCAAAGAAAAUCGUUGAUCCCCGGCAGACAGUGUUCACCCUCGAUCACGACGUCCAGAACAAAUCUAACAAAAAUCUUGCUAAAUAUGCUAACAUUGAAGCAUUUGCACGCGAACAUGGAAUUGACUUCUAUCCUGCUGGCCGUGGCAUAGGGCACCAAGUCCUCGUAGAAGAAGGCUACGCAUUUCCGCACACCCUCACUGUUGCCUCUGAUUCGCACUCAAACAUGUAUGGAGGCGUUGCUUGCGUGGGUACGCCCAUCGUGCGCACAGAUGCAGCAGCCUUGUGGGCUACGGGAAAGACUUGGUGGCAAGUUCCUCGUAUGGUCAAGGUGGAAUUUCGGGGAAAACUCGCCCCAGGUGUCACCGGCAAGGACGUGAUUGUUGCGCUUUGCGGGUCAUUCAACAACGACGAGGUCCUUAACGCUGCAAUCGAGUUUACCGGGGAGGGUGUCUCUGCGCUUUCGGUUGAUGACAGGCUUACAAUUUCGAACAUGACAACGGAAUGGGGCGCACUUGUAGGCGUGUUCCCCGUCGACGACACACUUUUAAGUUGGUACGAGACCGCAUUGGCAAGAUUAGAGCAAUGGACUUUCGCCUCUAAGUCAAUACCGCCUCCGCCAGAACACCCACGUAUCAAUCGCCGCCGUCUUGAUGCUCUCCGUGCAACCAAUCUUAUGUCCGACCUCGGUGCCCAAUACUCAUCGCAUCUGAUCUUCGACCUCUCCACCCUCGUCCCGCAUGUCUCCGGUCCUAACAGCGUCAAGAUAUCUACUCCACUUCCCAAGCUAGAAAACCAGCAAAUUGCGAUCCAGAAAGCAUACUUGGUUUCAUGUACCAAUUCUCGUGUCUCUGAUAUUGCUGCAGCGGCGUCUGUUGUUGAGGGUAAGAAAGUUGCAGAGGGCGUCGAGUUCUAUGUUGCAGCUGCGAGCUCUAUGGGGCACUGGAACAAGUUGAUUGCUGCAGGUGCCAAAGUGCUCCCGGCAGGUUGUGGGCCUUGCAUCGGGCUCGGCACCGGGUUGUUGGAAGAGGGUGAGACGGGCAUUAGCGCCACGAACAGGAACUAUAAGGGACGAAUGGGCCACCCCAAGGCUCAGGCAUACCUUGCUAGUCCUGCAGUAGUUGCUGCGAGCGCUGUCAAAGGAUUUAUCUGCUCUCCCGGCUCUCUUGACGCAACCUCGCUUCCCCCUGCAGGCGCCCCCGUCUUCUCCAUUGCUUCUGGUUCUUCGGACGCGGCGGAGGUACCGCAAGCAGAGGAACCCCUCUUCCCCGGCUUCCCUGCAGCCUUCUCUGGUCGUGUGCUCUUCGCACCACAGGACAACCUGAACACGGACGCACUAUACCCCGGAAAAUACACCUACCAAGAUGACAUCACCCUCGCACGCCAAGCACAGGUAGUCAUGGAGAACUAUGACCCGUCUUUCGCAGGCAAUGUCGCCACCAUUCUCCCUUCACUAUCCGCAUCAGAUGAAAGCACCAAGUCCGGUGUGGUCUUGGUGUCGGGGUACAACUUCGGUACUGGGUCCUCUCGCGAACAGGCUGCUACCGCGCUCAAGGCAGCUGGUGUGCCACUCGUCAUUGCAGGCUCAUUCGGUGACAUAUUCAAGCGUAAUGCCAUAAAUAACGGUCUUGUCUGCCUUGAGUGUCCUGAGCUUGUCGCUGACCUCACUGCGACGUACGCCAAAGGCGGCGCACGCGGUGCAGGUGGACGUGAUGGCGAGCUCACAGUGGAUAAAGGGCACGAAAUCCGCGUCUCGAUGACGGACGGAAAUGUCACUCUGCGUGGUCCUGAUGGAGAAAAGAUAUACAAAGUACGCACGGUAGGCGCAAGCGUGCAGGAGCUGUGGGUGUGCGGUGGGCUGGAGGGGUUCAUUCUGAAGUCCAUACGGUGAUAUUCAUGACGUAUUUAGAUGACUUUUUUGCCUGCUUGUGUGUACGUCUUGUGCUUAUCUGCUGUCGGAGACAUGCUAUGUAACAUCCAAAGACAGCCUAGCCUGCAAGCCACUCCCUGGUUGUUGUUCAUUGAUCUGUGAGAGCCUCAGUUGCGAACCGUUCGAUAUGACACACGCCAGUUGUAAUCAUUCCGAGCUACUCACGUCUGCCCCGCAAGAUCUCAACGGUACGAAGAAAGUUUAGACACAAUUAUGUGUCUUUCCUUGGUCACGCGAAGAGGGCAUCAUCGAAAUAUUUGUCCGAGGGCGCCGCGGGCAGCCGAGGUGAUGAAUAAAGGCGACCACAACCAAGAUGAUUCCGGCUUUAUAGUUUUUGACAAAAACUGGGAUUAGUAGGUUUGACAGAACUUCGACUCAGAUGAGCUGGGAGCAUAUAAAUGUAUUCCGAUGCUACGUUCUGAAAUUGAUAGAUUUGCAUACAUACCUCA